CCUUGUUCAUGGACGGGAACCCACUCUUUAUCUCUUUUGUCUUUUGAUUCCCUAACCACCUGAACCAACCUAUGCCUCGUAUGUUCUGCUCCUCCUUUCUCUAUCAGGCGCGGUGAACCCAUGACUCCUACCACAUGUCGCCCGGGACUGAACAACAAGAGUUGCUUGCUUUCACGCUCACCCUCGUUGUCCUUGUCGCGACAACGCCGCUGUCUACACAAAGAGAUCGGAGGCCACGCCUAUUGUCCCCACUGCUCUACGAUGCCGGUGCGCGUUCUUUGUCUGUGAGGGCAGGUUUCAUCUGCGAGUCUGCCCCCGGCAAGUAUAUCUGGCCGCCCUGCGGCCCUUCGGCUAGAAACAAUCAGCAUCACAAUUGAAUCACCUACCUGUCAUAGAGUAAUUACCCACCCCAGUACACGGCAGGUCUGAGAGAGUCUCUGCUAAUCAUGUGCCAUAUCAGAGAAACCAUCGAAGUCCUUCCGGGGGGGAUUAGGCGCAUCGAGCGCAAGGUGAAGCGCUGUCCCCGAGGCUGGAUCAGACUCUGCCGCAAAGAAACGCGGACGAGUAUCGAACGAGACUGCCGCGAGGUGCCAGUAAACACGAAGAUGAGGGGCCUAGACGACCCGCACGGUAUGCCGAGGCCACUCACCCGCAGACGUAGUGGAAGCUUCAAAUUCCGGUUUCCCUUUCU